AUGAGAGGUUUCUCGACAGCUUCCCUGGCUGUACUCUUUUUGACUCGGGGAGCUUCCUCGUCUCCACUUGUAACUGGCUCUGAUAUUCUCUUUUUCAAGCCUUUGGACGUCACCACUGACUCGGUACACAACGUCCACGUCAGCUAUGGCGACGAUACAUUCGAAGGCAAGGUCCAAGUGGUGCACGGCGACUGCCAUAUGAGGAGCUAUGGCGAAGCACAUCAUGAGGUUGCCUCUACAUGGAUGGAGCGGUCAAAUCGUCCAAGGCGUUUGAUUUGGAUCGUUCCGGAAAACGCUGUUCAUGGGAGCUGUCUGCAUGCUUAUUCUGGAUCAACGCUUAUUGGACGUAGCGCUCCAAUCACUAUAAGGCAGAACAGGAGGAAGAGAGAAGAGAUAUCAAAAGUUGCUGAUGUGAUGGGACCAUGGUUCGAUGGCGUUGCUUAUAUGCAAGCUAAGCAAAACAAUGCUUCGUUUGUUUCUGCUACGAAGAGCAAGAAGAUCGCCAUCGUUGGAGGUGGAAUGUCAGGCCUGAUGACCAGCCAUCUUCUUGACUCGGUAGGUAUCCACGACUGGCACAUUACAGAGUCCUCGCAACGGAUUGGCGGCCGCAUUCGCACCAAAUACCUCGCUGGAAGUACACCAGAACAAUACCAAUACCAGGAGAUGGGACCAAUGCGUUUUCCGGUUUCGGUCAAGUACGCCGACACGAAUGAGACGCUUGAUAUACAGGAUCACAAGAUGGUAUUCCAACUAGGCGAUGUUUUGAACCAGAUGAACGGUGGCAAUGAUACCAAGCUUGCGGUCAAUUUCAUUCCUUGGAUCCAGAGCAGCCCAAAUGUACCUGCCGACUCGAACGGCUACCGCUUGCCUAACGGUCGUAUUCCAAGUGCCGCUCAGAUCCGAGCAAACGCUUCCUUGGUUUUGCCAGCGGCUCCAUCACCUGAUGAAGAGGCUGAGGCGACAGCGGAGGCAGCUCUGGAGGAGUUCGAGGGCGUCACACCACAACUGCUGCGCAACAUAUCGACCAAUAUGUACAAAGCCCACAAAGAAGCCGUAGAGAACGGCAUGUUCCAUUGGUCAGAAGCUGCGUACCUAAGGUAUGCACUGAAUGUCAGCGCGGAUCUGGUUGAUUACAUGGUCGGAUCCGACGAUAGCCCGAUGUGGGCCUACGACACGGUGUACUUUUCUGCUACGACAUGGCGAACUAUCGACAAAGGGUUGGAGUCCCUCCCUCGGGCCUUUUUGCCCCAUGUCCAGGAUCGUUUGACACUGGGCCGCAAGAUUACUGGCCUGAAGUAUGACAAUGAUACAGGCAGGGUGGCUCUGCAAUGGCGCGAAGAUCCUUUUGCUAUGGAGCCGGAAAGCGAAGAGUAUGAUUACGCCGUCGUUUCCGUUCCGUUUUCGAAGGUCAGACUUUGGAGUCUUCCCAAUUAUUCGUCGCUCUUGUCACGUGCAAUAAGUAGCAUGAACUAUGAGCAGUCGUGUAAGGUCGCUCUGCACUACAAAACUCGUUUCUGGGAGAAGUUAACGCCUCCCAUCAUUGGCGGCUGCGGUGCAGUCGACAUCCCCGGCGUUGGCUCCGUCUGCUAUCCUGCAUACAAAAUCAACUCCACUGGUCCCGGCGUAAUCCUUGCAUCAUACCUGUCCGGUACGCUUGCUCGCUCAGUUGCCGCUCUCAGUACAGCCGACCACGUCGCCUUCAUACAGCGAGCGAUGGUUGAAGUUCAUGGCGAAGUUGCGGCGCAGCAAUUUACCGGUGAAUACUAUCGUCAGUGUUGGGAGACGGACGAGCACCAGGCGGGUGCCUGGGCGUCGCCUACUGUUGGACAGCAAGAGCUAUAUCUUCCUGCCUACUACCGAACCGAGUACAACACCAUCUUUAUGGGCGAACACACGAGCUACACACACGCCUGGAUAUUCUCCGCACUCGACUCAGCGGUACGUGGUACAACUCAAUUGUUGUUGGACAUGGGACUAGUGGAUGAGGCAAAGCAAAUCGUCGAGACCUGGAUGGGGAGGUGGAUUCACGUGUGA